AUGGUAGAGAACGAAUGUUACUUUAUCAAUCCUCUAUUAGAGUAUGCUCCUUACGGUUCUUUGGAUGACUUGAUUCACAAGAAACCUCUCCCAGAGGCCGACGUGAGCGUCUAUGCACGCAUGAUUGUUAAAGGGAUUUCGCAUAUUCAUCGCAAAGGGAUCGUCCACUGUGACCUCAAGUCGGAGAACAUUCUUCUGUUUCCUUCGUUGGACAAAGAGAGUGUAAACUAUCAAUUGAAGAUUACAGAUUUUGAAUUAUCUAAGAUCAAAAAGGAGAAAGCAGAUAUUAAGGUUUGGAAGUCCAAGCCUAGAGGUACACCGUCGUACUUGUCCCCGGAGGUAUUUUUUGGUCAUAAUGAUGUUCCGAUGGAUAUAUGA